GCCCCAUUUGGUUGGACAACGUGCGGUGUGGGGGCAGUGAGGGCUCCCUGGCAGAGUGGGUCCACAACGGCUGGGGCGCCCGGCAUGGCCGGGACGCCGGUGUGGUGUGCUGGGAACAGCGUCUGCCCAGCACCCGUCACCAGGACACCACCUCCGCUCACCUGGGAGAGGUGCCAGGGCUGAGCCUGGAGGACGUGCGGCUCAAGCCCAUCCUGGCAUGGGCCAAGCUGAGCAUGCCGGUGACGGAGGGUGCCGUGGAGGUGAAGCACAACGGGCGCUGGAGGCAGGUCUGUGAUGCCAGCUGGACCAGGAACAACAGCCGUGUGGUCUGCGGGAUGCUGGGUUUCCCCCGGGAGAAGCAUGUCAACACCAGCUUCUACCGGAAACUCUGGAACAUGAAGUUGAAGGACCCCAAAUCCAGCCUGAAGACCCUCAGCCAGAAGAACAGCUUCUGGGUCCACAGGGUGCGGUGCCAGGGCACAGAGCCUCACCUGGCCCUCUGCCCCACGCAAGUUGCCCCGCCAGCCCCCCACCAGCAUGCCUGCCCCCGUGGCAUACACGCCAUCGUCAGCUGCCUCCCCGGCCCUGCCUUCCAGAAGGGCACAGGCCUGGGGCCUAUCCACAUGAGCGAGGUACGGUGCACCGGCCAUGAGCACUCCCUGGGCGAGUGCCGCUUCCAGGACGCCGAGAGGAGCGGGUGCCAGCAUGAGGCUGACGCUGCUGUCCGCUGCCCCAUGCCCCAUAUGGACUUCCAGAGCCAAGGGAUGCUGAGCGGGAGGGUUGGAGGGUCUGCCCGUGCUCUGGCUCAGCAUCUCUUUGCCCACAGGCACUUCCACAGCAUCGAGGUCUUCACCCACUACGACCUGCUGACGCUCAACGGCUCCAAGGUGGCUGAGGGGCACAAGGCCAGCUUUUGCCUGGAGGACACCAACUGCCCCGAGGGGCUGCAGCGACGCUUUGCCUGUGCCAACUUUGGGGAGCAGGGGGUGAGCGUGGGGUGCUGGGACACCUACCGCCAUGACAUCGACUGCCAGUGGAUCGACAUCACCGAUGUGCUGCCAGGCAGCUACACCUUCCAGGUGGUCGUGAACCCCAAGCAUGAGGUGGCCGAGUCAGACUUCUCCAACAACGUGAUGCGGUGCCAGUGCAAGUACGACGGGCAGCGCAUCUGGAUGCACGGCUGCCACACGAGCGAUGCCUAUGGUGCCGACGUGGUGAGCGAUCUGGAGCGACGGGAGCGCCUGGCCAACAACCUUGUGUGA